UCUCCCUCCCUUCCGCUCCAUUGUUUGAGGUUUUGGUGAAGGGAUCGACAGACAGCCGCAUGUAACACUGGGAUUACCAAAUGCCGCGGAAUAACAUUGACAUUGGGUAAAGAUGCGGCGCGGGCACCACCCGCCAGUGCCGGAACAGGAUGUGAUGUCACAGCGAUAGUGUCCCCCGUUUUCUGUCCAGCUUUGUGUUUGUGAGCAGGGACCCCCCCACCCCCCCUCCCGCUCCAAGGACAGGACAUGUUUGAAGUGAAACCCCGAGCGGUGGAGAAGAAGGAGUCGAGCACUGAGACAGAUGACGGGCUGGGCAGCAGCGGGAAGCAUUAUGGUUCGCUUGGCUCUGGUUCGGCUGACUCCGGCUCUGUCUACCUGUCGGACAGCCAGGACUGGGUGGUGUCCCCGAGCUGCUCUCCGGAUGAAGCCCCCGGGCAGCACAGUGCCAUCUCCCCCCUGCUGGCCGAGGAGACCUUCCGUUACAUGACGUAUCUUGCUUUGGAGCCCUCUUCUUAUUCCCACCCCGGCUCUCAGAGCCUCUCCAAAGUCCUCAGUGCCGAUCGUGUGGAGCAGAUGGCCAAAACUUAUAAUGAUAUCGAAGUGGUUUCACACCUUUUGGCUGAGCGGGACAGAGACUUGGAGUUGGCAGCUCGGAUCGGACAGUCACUUCUGCAGAGGAACCACCUGCUGCAGGAACGCAACGAGGCCUUAGAGGAGCAGCUAGCGCAGGCUCUGGACCAGGUUCACCAGCUGCAGCAUGAGCUCAGUAAGAAGGACGAGUUGUUGCGGAUGGUUGCCAGCGCGUCGGAGGAGAGCGAGACUGACUCCAGCGUGUCCACGCCGCUGCGACAGCCUCAGCCACCAGGAGGAACCAGCGCCGCCACUGCACUCAGCCAGCUGGAGUCGCUGCAGAGCAAGCUGCAGGAGCUGGAGGAGGAGAAUCUGCUGCUGAGGUCUGAGGCGUGUCAAUUAAAGAGCGACACCAUCACCUAUGAGGAGAAGGAGCAGCAGCUAGUGAGCGACUGUGUCAAGGAGCUCCGUGAGUCCAACAGCCAGAUGGUGUCUCUGACAGACGAGCUGUCUCAGAAGAACGAGGAGCUGCUCAGACACCAGGAGGAGAUCGCUCAGCUGCUUUCCCAGAUAGUCGAGCUGCAACACAGAGUGAAGGAGCUGGCUCUGGAGAAAGAGGAGCUGAGAAUCCACCUGCAGGCGUCUAAAGAUGCUCAGAGACAGCUCACAGCAGAGCUGGACGAGUUGGCAGACAGGAACGCAGAGUGUGUCGAGAUGCUUCAUGAAUCCCAGGAGGAGAUCAAAGAGCUUCGCAAUAAAAACACUCCUUCUUCCGGGAUGCGAAGGCACCUUUCUUACGGCCUCUACCCCAUGGACUCACUGGCUGCGGAGAUCGAGGGGACCAUGAGGAGAGAGCUGAGUGUAGAGGAGGAGACCGCCUUCCAGGACCAAAGAGUGUCCCAGAAGCGAGUCUUCCAAACAGUGCGCUCCAUCAACGCCUCAGCAUCGCGGCCGCCCUCGGCCACCCCUCCUAUCCCCGGCUCAGGACAGAGCUCUUUAGUGAUGACUGCUCAGCCCUUCACAUCCACUCAGGGAGAGGAGGUGCGAAUGGGCCAGCCAGGCAGUCCAGGUGGAAACGACUUGACCAGAGCUCUCCAUCGGCUGUCGCUGCGACGGCAGAACUUCCUGUGUGAGCGUCAGUUCUUCCAGGCUGAGCGGGAGAAGAAGCUGCAGGCUCUGGCGGCGGAGGGAGACGGGGAGGGCAGCGGCUGCAGCUCACCGAUGGGCAGCGUUCUCUCUUCGUUCUCCAACCUGUCGGAGCUCUCCUUCAGCUCCAGCGUUUUCAAGACCUUCCUGCCGGAGAAGCUUCAGAUCGUCAAACCUAUGGAGGGCUCUCUGACGCUCCAUCACUGGCAGCAGCUGGCCAAACCACACCUGGCCACCAUCCUGGACCCCCACCCUGGAGUAGUGACCAAAGGUUUCUGCCCUCUGGCUCAGGAUGCCGUUUACCGCCUGUCUGACAUGGAGGAGGACGAGGAGGAUGAAGAGCACAGAGGUAUCCUGGAGAAGGGGGCAGCAGAGCGGGGUAAAGAAGAGGAGGACGAGGAAGAAGAGGAAGGUGGGAUCACCUUCAAGGUGCACUGUUCGUCUACGCCGGAGGAGAGGAAAGACAGAAAGCAUUCGGUCACACCUCUGCCUGUCCCGCCUCCCUCCCCCGCUCUGCCCACAUCACCCGGGGCAACCGCCACUUCCUCCGCGGUCAGAUCAGACCUCUGUCUGACCCCAGCACACGCCACUGAGAAAUCCAGCCAGUCAUCUCAGUUCAUUCCAGGAGCCUGUACAGCAGCGGUCCAAUCACAGAGUCACAUUUGCAUCUCGACAUCAACAACAACAUCUUCUACUGUUCAAAAUCCAGGAAAGUGUCAGAGCUCUACCUUCUCCACCUACACCUUCACCACCUGCCGCAUCCUGCACCCCAGUGACAUCACACAGGUCACCCAAAGUUCUCAGUCGUCCGUCAUGGCCAACACACCCAGCUCCAUGAGGACCGGUCCCAGCACCCCUGUGACUCCCUGCAGACUGAGUCUGGGUGACUCCUUCCCCCCUCGACGCCCUCCCGUGCCCACCAGCGGCCUGGCCAAGCUGGUCCUGGAGAGAGGCAUCUCUGCACAAGUCUCCACUGACACCCCCCCUCCAUCCCCAAAACCCACAUCCCGGCAGCCCCUCUUCCGCCUCCUCCCAAGCACGCCCCCUAACUCCCCCUCCCACUCACCUGCUCCCUCCCCGGUGCCCCCAGAGUCACGCCAGCACCAGGCUGACAAUUUCCUAGCCUCGCGGCCAGCAGAGCUUUUUCUUCAGGACGUUUACGGGUUGAAUCUGGGUCGCGCCCCACAUCCCGACUUACCAAGCCCCUCACAGGAAACCCCAACCUUUGUCCCACCUCCUAAGUCGAGCCGAGUUAGGCCUGACCCAGUCAGCGUAGGCCUAGUGGAAAGACUGCGGCGGCUGGGAUUCACCAAGGUGCUGCAGGGUGCAGAGUCUGAGGCUCCAGCGCCACGCCAGGAUUCUACGUUUGUAUCAGCCAGCGGAGGAAGCCUUUUGGACGGCCUGAGGCGCAACCAGAGCCUCCCUGCCAUGAUUGGUGCCCGAGCUGGAAAAUCAGCCGCUAACCCUCCUCCUCACCCCACCUCUCUUGCCCUGCCGCCACCCCCUUGGGGAAACCCCAGAGAACGGCGCCGGCAUCUUGGCUCCGUCUCCCACGUCCCGUCAAGUUCAACCAAACGCUGAGAGGAAAGAGGUGGAUGGAGCGGGAGGGUGCACACUCCAGAACAUGAACCCCUCCGUUACCAUCCUCCUCUCCCUCUCUCCUCCUCUCUGCCUUUGGAGCGAGGAGUCAGGGCAGAACAAUCCCUCCUUUUUAUGACUUAAUUUUAAAGCACAAUUGAAGUAAACUGACUGUUUUUAGCUAUACCGCGGUGUCUAUGUAUGUAGAUGUUUGCCAUGACGCUAGUUACUGAGGCCUUAGCUCGCCUCCGACUGCUCUUAGUAUCUUCUCGGUCAUUAAUUAGGUUCUGUAGGUUUCCUGCGAGGCACUGGAUGCUCAGGCAGGGGCGGAGGGAAAGGUAACAAGCAAGUGGAUGAAGGUUUGUGGAUGUAGAUUCGAAAUAAAAUAAAAAAAGAAAAGGGAAGGUGUGGUUUUUAUAAAGAAAGAGAAAGAAAGUGAGAGAACGGCUGAGCAUCCAGUGUAGCUAUUCAAAGGGCUUGUUCUGUAGUGGGUUUGAAAAGCUUUAGUCUGUAAUAACAUAGUCAUGUUAGCCACGCCCAUUAUGCAGCCAGUGGUUUUAUCCCCAAAUACAAACAUUCACAAGAGAAGGGAUUCAUGCUUUUAUUACUUGAGGACUUUAAGUGCUAGCUGGCUUAAUAGCACACUGCCGGACUAAUCUUGUAUUCAGACCGUGCCAUUAACAUGCCAGUAUUAACAUAAUAAUGAUUUAAUAGUCGUCCAUUUUUGCAUUAAUGAUUUUACAGUCGUCCAUUUUUGCACGUGUGUCUGGUGACCGUCCAUGUGCCGUGCCCCUGUUUCCAGCCUCUUUGCAAAGCAUCUGCAUGACUUUGUCAACCUUGCCUACAGGUCCCAGCAUGCACCUGUCUUCAGACAGGUGGGGCCAAGGCUGAAGCCGGCAGGCAAGAAAAAUGGGUCUGCCUUUUUUUCCUUCAGGUCCUGGUGUUUUGUGUGUUUUUAUGAGGCCUUAAGUAGAAGCCAGCACUGUUAUGACUUAUGUUCCUGUUAAGCCAUGUUUGUAUAUAUUAUUUGCACUCAUUUGGAUUUUGGAGGUGGGUUAAUUUGAGGAUCACUGCACGGUUGAAAACAUUUCCCCACAGCUUUGGCGGGCCCUUAAAAGAGCAUUUGAUCAUUUCAGUUUUAGGUCUGUGGGAUGUACGGGUUCAGAGGGAAAAAUAUCACAUCCGGGUUUUUUUUGGGGUUGUUUUCUGUGUUUAAAAUGUCUCGGGGUUGACAUAUGUGGUUCACACACUGGCCAGCAGGUGGGAGUAUUCCUUUAGGAAAGCUCAUACUAUUUAUUACUGCUUAUAUGCUAUGAUAUUAUAUUUCAAGGAAGCAGAGAGUUUUGGGCUUCAGUGCGGUUGUCCCAUACAUCUGUCAACCCAAGCAGACCCUCCCACUCACAAACUGCACUUUUACUUUAUCUAACCUUUGAUUUAGUGACACCAUUAUGUGACGUAUACAAAUUCUAACAUAUUAAAAUUAAAAUUCAGAAAUAAGCUUUUAAUAUAUGUAGCAGUGUUUUUUGUUUGUAGAAGCCCACAGAAGGGAAUCCAAAUUAAGCCAAAACUUUUAUUUUUAAAGUAAAGGAAUACACACGUGUGUACUGUAUGAUGCAUUUUGUAUUAAUUAGCUCUAACAUAUUUAACAAAUGAAGUUUCUGUUUAAUGUUUGGAGUGGAGAGAAGAAGACACAUGCAGACUGUUCAUAUCUUUAGAUUUGUUGUAAUAUUUUCCAAGAAAACACGAGGUUCAGGUUUGUGGCUUACUUUGGCUGAAAUAUAAAAUGUCCAGUGACUUCUUCCAUUCUCCCCUCAUGAUCCUCUGUAAACUACUCAUGGCUAUUACUCAGUUGCCUCUUUUUUUUUAAAUAAAGCAAUGAAAACAAA